AUGCCCGGGGGCGCAGGCGCUGCCCGGCUUUGCCUGCUGGUGCUCGCCCUGCAGCUGCUCCAUCCGCGGACAGCGCGGGCGCCAGGAUGGACGAGAAGAAGUGAGGAAGGCAGCCCGCAGCUACAGCAUGAACUGAUAAUACCUCAGUGGAAGACUACAGAAAGCCUCAUAAGGGAAAAGCAUCCACUCAAAGCCGAGCUCAGGGUAAUGGUGGAGGGGAGAGAACUGAUCCUGGACCUGGAGAAGAAUGAGGACCUUUUUGCUCCAGCCUACACAGAAACCCACUAUACUCCAAGUGGAAGCCCUCAAACCACCACACGGAAGUCUGAGGAUCAUUGCUUUUACCAUGGGACAGUGAGGAAAGCAGAAGAGUCUAGUGUCACACUCAGCACCUGCCGAGGAAUUAGAGGACUGAUUAUGGUGAACAGUAACCUCAGCUACAUCAUUGAGCCGCUCCCUGACAGUGAGAGCCAACACCUUAUUUACAGAUCAGAACAUCUCAAGUUGCGCCCUGGGAACUGUGGUUUCCAGCACUCCAUGCCCACCACCAGAGACUGGGUCCUUCAGUUUACAAACCAGACCAAGAAGCGACCACCCAGGAUGAAAAGGGAAGAUUUACACUCCAUGAAGUAUGUGGAACUUUACCUCGUGGCUGAUUAUGCAGAGUUUCAGAAGAAUCGACGAGACCCAGAAGCCACCAAACACAAGCUCAUGGAGAUCGCCAAUUAUGUUGAUAAGUUCUACCGAUCCUUGAACAUCCGGAUUGCCCUCGUGGGCUUGGAAGUGUGGACUCAUGGGAAUAUGUGUGAAGUUUCAGAGAAUCCGUAUUCUACCCUCUGGUCAUUUCUUAGCUGGAGGCGCAAGCUACUCGCCCAGAAGAAGCAUGACAAUGCACAAUUAAUCACGGGCAUGUCCUUCCAUGGUACCACCAUCGGCCUGGCCCCCCUCAUGGCCAUGUGCUCUGUGUACCAAUCUGGAGGUGUCAACAUGGACCACUCCGAGAAUGCCAUUGGUGCAGCUGCCACCAUGGCCCAUGAGAUGGGCCACAACUUUGGCAUGAGCCAUGAUUCUGCAGAUUGCUGCUCUGCCAGUGCGGCUGAUGGUGGGUGCAUCAUGGCUGCUGCCACAGGGCACCCUUUUCCCAGAGUGUUCAAUGGAUGCAACAGGAAAGAGUUGGACAGGUAUCUGCAGUCAGGUGGUGGAAUGUGUCUCUCCAACAUGCCAGACACCAGGACACUCUAUGGAGGCCAGAGGUGUGGGAAUGGAUACCUGGAAGAUGGAGAAGAGUGUGACUGUGGGGAAGAAGAGGAAUGUAAUAACCCCUGCUGUAAUGCUUCCAAUUGUACCCUGAGGGAAGGGGCAGAGUGUGCUCAUGGCUCCUGCUGUCACCAGUGUAAGCUGCUGGCCCCUGGUACCCUGUGUCGUGAGCAGGCACGGCAAUGUGACCUCCCCGAGUUCUGCACUGGCAAGUCUCCCCACUGCCCCACCAACUUCUACCAGAUGGAUGGCACACCGUGUGAGGGUGGCCAGGCCUACUGCUACAAUGGCAUGUGCCUUACCUACCAGGAGCAGUGCCAGCAACUGUGGGGCCCUGGAGCUCGUCCUGCACCUGAUCUCUGCUUCGAGAAGGUGAAUGUAGCAGGAGACACCUUUGGAAACUGUGGGAAGGACAUGAAUGGUGAACACAAGAAGUGUAACAUGAGAGAUGCCAAGUGUGGGAAGAUCCAGUGUCAGAGUUCUGAGGCCCGGCCCCUGGAGUCUAACGCAGUGCCUAUUGACACCACUAUCAUUGUGAACGGACGGCAGAUCCAAUGCCGGGGUACCCACGUCUACCGAGGUCCUGAGGAGGAGGGUGACAUGCUGGACCCAGGCCUGGUGAUGACUGGGACCAAGUGCGGCUACAACCAUAUUUGCUUUGAGGGGCAGUGCAGGAACACCUCCUUCUUUGAAACCGAAGGCUGCGGGAAGAAGUGCAACGGUCAUGGGGUCUGCAACAACAACCAGAACUGCCACUGCUUUAGGGGCUGGGCCCCACCCUUCUGCACGACAUCAGGCCUGGGGGGCAGCAUUGACAGUGGACCCAUGCCCCCCGAAAGUGUUGGUCCUGUGGUAGCAGGAGUGUUGGCAGCCAUCUUUGUGCUGGUGGUCCUGAUGCUGAUGUACUACUGCUGUAAACAGAACAACAAACUGGGCCAACUCAAGCCUUCAGCCUUCCCAUCCAAGUUGAGGCAGCACUUCAGUUGUCCCUUCAGGGUGUCUCAGAACAGUGGAACUGGCCACGCCAACCCAACCUUCAAGUUGCAGACGCCCCAGGGUAAGCGAAAGGUGACCAACACCCCUGAAACCCCUCGGAAGCCCUCCCAGCCUCCUCCCCGGCCUCCUCCCGACUACCUGCAUGUUGGGUCCCCACCUGCAUCAUUGCCAGUGCACCUCAGCAGGGCUAUUAGGAACACCCCAGGGACCAGGACUCAAAUAGAGAGAAAGGAGUCAUCCAGAAGGCCUCCCCCAAGCCGGCCAGUGCCCCCUGCUCCAAAUUACAUCCUCUCCCAGGAUUUCUCCAGGCCUCGACCACCCCAGAAAGCACUGCCAGCUAACCCAGUGCCAGGCCGCAAGACCCUCCCAAGGCAAGGCGGCACAUCUGCACUGCUGCCCUCUGCUGCUGGCCCUCAGCAGGCUCGGCCGCUGGCAGUGCCUGCCCCAAAGUUUCCUGAAUACAGAUCGCAGAGAGCUGGGGGAAUGACUAGCUCAAAAAUCUAG